CUUUCUACAAAGCUUUCUUCAGAACUAUAGACCACAGAUUUACAUAAAGAUGGCAACACCAACAAAUCCUAGAAUACCUUUAUGCUUGCUUAGUCCACAGUUCCUGCACACAAACUCCACUAGCCACACCUGGCCAUUCAGUGCUAUAGCAGAACUAAUUGACAAUGCUUAUGACCCAGAUGCCAAUGCUAAACAACUGUGGAUAAAUAAAACAGCAGUCAAAGACCAAGAGGACUGCCUCAUCUUUAUGGAUAAUGGAAAAGGCAUAGACUAUGACAAAAUGCACAAAAUGCUCAGUUUUGGCUUCAGUGAUAAGCAGACAGUAAAAGGCCAUGUUCCAGUUGGUCUUUAUGGUAACGGCUUUAAGUCUGGCUCCAUGCGCUUGGGGAAGGAUGCCAUCGUGUUCUCAAAGAAAGCCAACUCCAUGUGUGUGGGUUUUCUGUCACAAACAUACCUCAAAGCGAUAGGAGCACAGAAUAUCAUAGUGCCUAUUGUCAUGUUCACCAAAACUGGCCAGACUGUCAGUGCUCAUCCAGAGCAUGCAGACUGUCUUCAACAUAUCCUGGAAUAUUCACUCUUUAACACAAAGGAAGAACUACUCUCUGAGUUCAGUGUUAUCGAGGGGUUAAGCGUCCACGCAAGUGGAACCAGAAUCAUCAUCUGGAACUUACGCAGAACAUCUUCAGGAGAAUUAGAAUUUGAUUUCAUGAAGGACCCCUACGACAUCCGGAUCCCUAUUGAUGUGUACGAGAGCACCAGAGAGCCAAAAAAACAACAAAAUCAGACAUGCAUGUCAGUUCCUGAGAGUGAAUAUUCACUGCGGGCUAACAGCACAGGAGUGGGAGUUAUUGGGGUUAUAGAGUGUAACCACCUUAAACCAACUCACAACAAGCAGGACUUUGACGAUACAGACGAGUACAGGAGACUCAUGCUGAAUGUAGGUUAUAAACUGGAGGAGUACUGGAAGGAAGUUCGUUUUAGACAUCAGAAAAACCUGAACUGCAAAGAACCAAUUGAAAAUACUGCGAAGCAGCCAGAUCAAACCUGGGUUCAGUGUGAUGAUUGUUUGAAGUGGCGAAAAAUUCCAGAUGGUGUUGAUGCUAAAAAACUGCCUAAAAAGUGGUUCUGCCACAUGAACCCUGAUGAAAAAUUCAGGAGUUGUACAGUCGAAGAGGAGCCGGAGAAUGCUGAUGAAGAACCGCCUAGAUGCGGGACACUCUACAGAGAGUAUGAGAGAAAUCAGUGGCAGGAGGAGAAAAACAGGCAACAGAGAUCUUUUAAACUCAUUCAAUCCUGCCAAACAACACACAGCUCCACCCCAAUUUCCUCUUCUCUGACAUGUGCAAGCUUCAGACCUUCAGUUCACAUUCAGGACCCUCCUCUUAUUAUUACUCCUACAAGGACGAAGAGAACUCUAGGCCAGAGUCAAGAGGCGAUGGAGAUAAAGAAAGUUAGAAGAAAAGGUUCUGUGGACAGCAUACCAGAUAGUGCGUUAACAUCCACGGCCUCACCUGGCAUGUGCAACUCUGGCAAUGAUGCUAAUGAAGCAGAAAGUGAAAUAGCACCAAUGGACAAUAGUGAUGAUCACAGCGCAGUGCAACAGAAACAAAUCAAUCACAUAACACAGACCAGUUCUGAGGACCAAUUGAACUACAAAGUGCUGUAUCUGAAGGCCAUGGAGGAAAUAAAGCAGCUCCAACAAAAGCUAAUGGAGCAAGAAAAGGCAGAAAAAGAGCUUAUGGGAAAGGUGGACGUUCUAGAAGCUAACAAGUGCACGCUGUCAACCUGCUGUAAGAGCCUGCAGAAGGAUUUAGAGGACAUAAAGAGAGAAAAUAAAAAGGUGAAGUUAAGUGCAGAAGAUCAAAGUGUCCAGACAGAUUUUCAAAUUUCCUCCACAGAAGAAAGUGCAACAACAUCAACAGAAGCCUCCAACCUAAGAAGAGGAAUAGAUUUGCAAUUUGGGACACAGAUGCAUGAGAAUGAGGACAGAAGAGGAAGUGGACAAGAAAACAAUAACACACAGUUAUGCAGCCUCAGAUUAAGAGAACUCAGAGAAAGUGUGGGACGUCUCCUGGCCACCUUAGUCCCUGCUCUGGACCUUCAGCAAGUAAACCAUGAUUCUGAAGACAUUGAUGAGAUGCUCAAUCAGGUUAUCAAUCAAAUCUCUAUGACAGAGGCAGCCUCUACAUAGAAACAGUGGUGACCCAGAAGACUGCAAACUUUUAUAAAUCAUUUGGUUUGGAUAAUGCAAAAAAGAACUACAAGCAUGUCCGUAAUAUUUUAUUAGUUUUUACUGUUUCCAUUAUGUUAAACUUAAAAAUAUCUUAAUAUUUAAAGCACAUUUUCAAUUUUACAUGUAUUAUAUAAGUAAGAAAAAUUAUGAGUGUUUAGAACAACAUAGUCAGUUCAUGUUUUAGAAAUCUUUUAUACUUUUAUUUUUUCCUUUUUCUCUUUUUUUAAUUUCCACAAUACAUGUCCCUUUCUAUGCCUAAAUUACUGCUGUCAUCAUUCAGUGCUGUUCUAAAAUUGUAUACAAAUAAAGACAACUUGUUUAUAUA